GUACAUUUCUGGUUGAUUAUCAAAAGUUACAUCAGAAAAAUGAGUUUCAUGAAAAAUUCUACUUCCAUAUUUGUGAAAAAACGAUCGGCGUUUCAACUUUGAACUCGAUUUCAUCGAAAAUUAUUGAUGAGAGAAAUUUUUAAAUCACACAAAUGGACUCAGUUUUUAUUUACUCAUAAACUAACAGAGUCCAAAAAAAUUAACUUUCACGUGUUUUUGUUGAUUUGCAUCAAUUUGCAUAAAUGUGACAAUUGUGUAUUUUUAGUAACAACCUUAAAAAACGUAUCUUAUCACUUUACAUCCUGCACAAUUCAAGUACAAAAAUUAAAAACUUGUAAAUUGGAUCAAAUUGUAAUGUUUGUAAUAUCAGUAAAUAUGAGGGCAGCUUCACAAUAAACAGUCUGAGUAAUUAUAAUAUUUGUUGUGUAAAUAUAAUUUGAUAAAAAAGUAAUCUAACAAAUAAUCUCAGGCGUUUAUCGUUAUUUUGAAAUGAUUUCAAUCAAUUUAAAAGACGAUUACAAUUUAAAUUCGCAUCAUUUUGAAACGAACAAUAUCAUAAGUAAAUUGAAUUUGUUACAGUUUAUUGCUAUUGUUAAUCAAGUCCAAAAUGUCAUCUUCACUGCAAAAUGAAAGAAACAAAAUGCUGUUUGUAUUUACAGUUGUAGUCAUUUUAAUUUCAACAAUUGAAACAGGAAGUGCUACAGAUUUGGUGGUUUUACCGUUAAGUAUACCUAGUAAGAGCGCUAACAUUAACGCUACUCUAACUGAUAUCAAUGCCGGCACUAAAUAUUUCAUUCAAGAAUCGAUAUCAGCUUCGCGUUCACCCAUCAAAGGGAAAAUUGUCAUCUCAAGUGAAAAGGACUCCUUCAACAUCUAUUAUGAUACUGAUUCUAGCUUCAAGAAGGAACGUUUGGUUAUCCAUGGUACAAAUUGUAUACCAUUUACUUUCGAGAAUAAUUGGGAUCAAACUUUACCUGGAAUCAAAAGACCAGUAACUAAUCUAGUACUUUUAAUGGGACCUUCAAUUUUAUAUCGACUUGAUCAUUCCUUAAUUGUUUGGACAUCAGUUGCAGAUAAAAGCAUAAGAGGAACCAUGAUGAAGGGGGCGAAAACGGAAAUAAAUGGAAGAUUGAAUAUCACUUAUUAUUACAAAAAGCAUUUUGAUGACGAUUAUGGAAUUAAACAUCCAAGUCGAAUUGAAUUCAGUGGUUAUGAUCCUUAUUCAAGUUCACCGAUUUACGACGAGAAUCUUAUUCUUGAUAUUUACCUUCAAAAUGAGAACGAUUAUGAUCAACUUGCUAAUGAAGUUCAUCCUUUACCUGGCAUUGGAUGCCCACAUUUCUUGUCCACAGCUGGGCCUUCAAUCCCUAAAUUGGAAUCCGAUUAUGUACAUUAUACUAUGUACGAGUACAUUAAAGGUUCAACUACUUCUCGAACAUUCAGUGAGGUUAGUUUGUUUGGUCAAGUAUUUCAUAUUUUAAACUCAUCGCAAUUUAAUUUACAGAUUCAUGCAUCACAAGCGCACAACUUAUUGCGAAUAAAAUCAACUCUUCUUGGCAUAACAACUGAAGCUAUUUAUGAUUAUAACCUCGGAGUUUCUUACCUCUUUCAAGAUGGUGGAUCCUGCUACAUGUUAUCUACAGGAAAAAAUUCACCUGGAAUCAACUCUUUUGGUGGCUUCUAUUUAAGUAGUCUUUUAAUCAUUGAUGAUAUUCUUGAUCGCUUUCUUUAUCUUGGAAAACUCAAUUUAGAACACCGAUCUGGAUAUCCCGUACAUGCAUGGGAAUCAACGAGAUUCAAUGUUAAUAUCAAUGGGAAGAAGGUCGACAAAGCUGUCAUCACUCAAUAUUUCGCUGCAUCGGAGGACAGUGAAACAUUUUCUGGCUAUACACUUGUCAGUACCAAAAUUUACAUCUAUAAAUUGCAGUCAUCGAAAAAAACUUAUUCUUUGACGGAUGAAAUUACAAGAGAUUACAUCAACUUUGAAAAGGCUGGAUUAGAAGGUGAACUUCAUGAUGAAUUUACAUUAAAAGACUGUAAAUACUUGUCUAGUAAUAAAACAUUAACCCUUGCCUUCCAAUUUGAAUGUCAAGGUGACUCUUGUACCGGACUCUUGGAAAAACAUGCUUACGACUUGAAACGAGAGUUAGUCAAUUAUGUUAUUUUACGUUCAGCAACAAUUAGUCCACUUCGAAUCGAUAACGUUCAAUAUAAUUUCAAUGACGAACAACUUGAAAUAGAAGUGACAUUCCUGGAUUUACCUAAUUGGCAAUAUGUUUUUGAUUCUAAAAAUAUGUCUGUUAGUGCCGGUACAUUUAAAAAGAUGCAAAAGGUGGAAGCAAACACUGAAUAUGAAUGUCUGGACAAAUUAGCAAAAAUCCUGGAUGAUAUCAAUCUAGUAAUUUAUAGACCAUCAGAUUCUUCCUGUGGAUACUUGAGAUAUGUUGAAGAUCUCGUGGAAGACUCAGAAAUUGGACAAACAUGCAGCGUCUAUCACUUUCCUUUAAAUAAUUUACGUCGCAUUGACCAAGAGAUACCACUUGAUCAGCUUCACAAUACUUUGAUGGAACAUUUAGGAUGGAGUAUAUCUUAUUAUGUAGGAAAUUCUUAUCAACCUAUUAAAAUUAAUGAUAUUAUCGACAAAACGAAAAACCAAGAUACCUCGAAUGUGGGCUUCCAAUCCAGAAUAAAAGCUUAUUCAAAAUUAAAAGGCAAUGAUCAAGUUACAGUUAUUGUACCAGAUGCGAAAACUUUGGCCGACUGUUAUCGAACCUGUCAUAAUUCAGAGCAAUUACAAUGCAACAUUUUCUCAUUCUGUGAAAAUGGUGACUGUAGAGUCAGCAGCUUAUUGACUGAAGACUUUCAGAAUGAAUCGCAGGUUGAACAAGACAAAUCAUGCUCUGUUCACGCUUUGAAUGUUCUUAAUGAUUACUCAGAAGUAGCUCAUAGGAAAUUUAAAACUCAGACUUCAAUAGCAGUUCACAAAAGUAUUUAUUCAUGUGCAGAAUCUUGUCAUGCUUCACCUGAUUGUUUCUCCUUCCAAUGGUGUGAUUAUCAAUGUAGUUUUGGUGGUGUUUAUACAGAUGCAGCUACUGAAUAUGAUGGUGAAUGCAGCGUAUAUAUUCCCAAAGUAUCUGAAAAGUACCAGAAAACGGGCAACAAAAUCGUUUCAGAUGUGAUUUACACUGAAAUGAAUUUAAAUUUUGAACAGUGUGCAUCAUUAUGUCAUGGAUGGUCCGAUGGUGACACUGGAUGUAAAUCAUUUAAUUAUUGCCCUAAAAGUAAAACAGAAAGUUCUUGUUCAUUAACUCAAUUUUCAGUUAAAAGUUCAAAUACUAAGACCACUGAAGGAGGAGUUUGUUCAAAUUACGAGUUGAAGGUGGAGUCAAAUGGAAUAAAAAGCAAAGAAUCCAGUUUGACUGAUUUAACCAAAGGAACAAGUGGAUCAGGUGCUUUUGGAAUAAUUAUGCUCUUCUUGUUUGUCGGUGCUUUAUUGGGAUUCGCUGCACCAUUUGUUUACAAAAAAGUAAAACAAAUGCGUAAUGCUUCAGAAGUCAACCAAAGUUUCACUUGGACGAGACAAGUAGAUGCACAAGCUGGAAAUAUCGAUGGAACCUCAUUUUGAGAUUGCAGGACCUGAAAUUAACCAUAGAUGUAAAUUUCAGUGUAAACCUUAUCGCUGCUUUUCAUAAUAGCAGUAAACUGUAUUCAAUUUUUGUUUUGCUUGCUUCGGCCUAAUUUUAUCUUCUUAUUAAAAUUCAUCAAAUUA